AUGAUUAAGACUAAAGCUUAUCAAGAUUUGGGUACCGUAAACCCGCUUGAACCUUUAGUUGAACGUACAAAUAAUUUUCCUUAUGGUAUAUGGUAUAACAAACAUAUUACACAAAAGCAAUAUGAGAAAUUAAAGGUUAAUAAAGAAGAGGCUGAAUUAGCCCACCUUUAUUUCUUACCAAAAGCACAUAAACCAGGAACACCAUUAAGACCUAUAAUGUCUGGUCUCAAAUCUUCAACCAUUGCCACAUCGAAAUGGUUAGAUGGUUUAUUAAGGCCUCUAUUCGAUCGAUUAGCAUCUGAAACAGCUAUAUCGAAUGGGGCUCAAUUAAUAAAACAAGUUGAGAGAUGGUCGGCUACAUAUCUUACACCAGUCACAUCAUUCAUAACAAUGGAUGUUACUAAUUUAUAUACAAUGUUUCCUGAAGAAGGAGGAGUAACAGCCAUAAAAAGAUUAAUUGAAACAUCUGGUUUAAAACAAAUCGAUGGUGUUAAAAAAGAGAUUAUAUUAGCUCUUACCAGAUUUGUUAUAACAAAUAAUUAUUUCUAUCUUGAUGGGUCAUAUUAUAAACGAAUAAAAGGAGGCGCAAUGGGCUCGCCACUCACCCUCACUAUAGCAAAUACAUACAUGUACUUUGUUGAACGUCCAAUAUUCAAAUGGGCUCAAAGAACAUGUUCAUUAUAUUAUAGAUAUAUAGAUGAUUUAUUUAUCAUGUCAAAUGUACAUGCAGAUAUAUUAAAAGGUCUUGGUCCUUUAGACCCUUUGGAAAUAUUUUUAUUUUAG